AUGUUUGACGACGGCUAUGAGAAAACUUGGAUUAGAAAAGGACUUGCAGAUGAGCUUCGAUUAAACGGAACCAAAGAAACAGUGGUUGUGACAACCUUCGGACAGAGUGUGGGAAAGCCUGUUACAAGCAAGAAGGUGGAAUUUUCUUUGGCUGACAAAGAAGUUAAUAACAGGGUUAAAAUCAGAGCCCUAGCUGUUGAUGACGUUGGUGCCUUGUAAGCGUAGUAAGAGUUAGUCUCAGUGUAUGGCCCCAUUUUGAUAAGAUCAAAUUGGCUUCUCAAGAGAAAUGCAAACUGCAGAUUUCUUAGUGAGACGGUACGCCCUGGUACGAUUAAAACGACAAUGGGAUGGAUUUUGUGUGGUUCACUCAAGUCUAACAACGAAACUUUGAGAAAACAUGACCAAGCUCGUUGACCUCCUGCCUCCCUUAGAGAUAAUGGAACACUAAUGAAAUAAUGAAAAUUGGACUACUUCAACAGAAACUUAACGUUUAUUAAGUCGAAACCCAUGUUUCCUAUAGCUCCUGUUCUGAUUGGACGCACUAGAUUGAUUUUCUUAUGACCUUGGAAAAGAUUUCCGUAAUUUUAAGUGACAUAAGUCACUGGAUCAACAUACAGCUAUUUCGAGAAGGUUGUCGGAAAAAAUGUGCACGCGACAAUCCCGAAAGGUAAUAUGGGAUAUGAUCAGUACACUGUUCCUGUCGACUGUAGCUGUCGAACCUACUUUUGUUGCUUUCUUUUUAACAGUCGAAAACAUAUGUUCAUGGCCUCUCGUGCCAUUCUUUCAAAUUUCUUUGAAGAACAGUGAACUUAAAACAAGCCACAAUACUUUUCGGGAUUGUCGCGUGCACUUUUUCCGACAACCUUUGUCCUAGCAAUAGAAAAUUAAUUUUGAUCAACCUUUCUUUGUCUUCUGUCAUUCAUACCGGCCAUUUCACUCAAAUUGCCACCUGA